CCAAUAACAGCUUCUGUCCUUCGAUGUACUUACUAUCCGCCACUGGCAGACAGUGGGCGUCCGAGUCAUUUUACAAGCGCCUAGCCGGACUUGCUGCGAUUUGAAUAUUGGCUCCUCUCAGACUCUCUUCAUUUAUCGCCGCAGUCUUAUCUGUCACCACAACACAGUCCACCCGUGCUUGCUAAUUCUACGACAGAAGUCGAGCUAUCAGAAGGCACACAUGGCUGGUGCUGCAUACGGUGGUGAAACAUGUCGGAGCAUCGUUGAAGAUGAGUUGUUGGCACUGGAAGCGAUUUAUCCGGACUGUAUAACACGCUUGGAGUCCUCAGAAGAUGGGGGUACUCUAAUCAAACUCGAACUACCUAUCAGUCUUGGCAGAGAGCAGCCCAUCAGAGUUGAGUUUGAACCCCCACCGGCGUCUGGCCCUGGACAAGAUUCCUCAACAUCCACUAUGACCCCAGAAUCAUUGGAGGAAGUGUUGGUAGUUUCGCACCUUCCUCCUUUGAUCUUAGAUUUGCGUCUUUCUUCAGCAUAUCCAUUGCAUGACCCCCCUCUCAUCAUUUCAGCAUAUUUCGCACACUCGUGGCUACCUUCUUCGUUGAUGCUCCCAUUGAUGCGGAGUUUCUAUGACUUGUGGGUCGAGCAAAAAGGGCUAGGCGAGGGUGUUUUAUGGCGUAUCGCAGAAGUCAUCCUAGAUGGUUCAUUUUUAGACCACACGUUGCACAUUGCUGAUUCUUCGUCGGCCACCAUCAGCUUAACACACCCAGCUCCUAAGGCAAUGGCCGGUUUGCUUCGGUGGCAUGACGCGCGGAUGGGCGAGGAAUCGUUUGCACGGACUACUUUCUUCUGCUCGAUAUGUCUCGAGAGUCGUAAGGGAACGGCGUGUAUACAACUCUCAUGUGGGCAUAUCUUCUGUAAGGGAUGCCUGCGAGAAGGGUGGGGUAUGGCUGUGCGCGAGGGCGAUUGUGGCCAGGUUAAGUGUCCUGACACAAGAUGUUUAUCCGCAAAUUCGAAUGCCCAAGCUAAUGAGCCCAACAGUGAAGCUGCAGAGGAAGAUGUGAGGAGAGUCCUCACGGAUGAGGAGGUAACGCGCUGGAAAUGGCUUAAAGUGAAACGCGAUAUUGAACGAGAUCCUUCAAUUGUGCAUUGUCCACUUCAGUUCUGUCAAGCUCCCGUCCGGCCCCCAGCUUCCGCAAACGACGACCACUCUCCAGGCGAGGAACUUUCCGCUUAUUCGAUUGGAUGGUUUAAAUUUCGCAUGUGCGAAGGAUGUGGGUAUUCCUUUUGUGUGUUUUGUCGCAAAUCAUGGCAUGGACCGCUGAUGCCGUGCGAGACACACAGCACGUCGGCCAUCCUCAAAGAAUACCGCUCCUUGCCGGAAGGCUCACAGCGCAGGAAAGCCCUGGAAAGGUCAAUUGGAAGGAAGAAUCUUCAGAGGAUGAUUGCCAAGGCGGAGGAAGAGGAAAUGAGCCAAAAGUAUAUCGAAGAAUUCACCACUGGGUGUCCCAAGUGUCAUACGCGUUGCGAAAAAUCCUAUGGUUGUAACCACAUGAUGUGUGCACAGUGUGGACAACAUUAUUGCUUUUUGUGUGGCAAUUACUUGAACGUGACGAACCCAUACGCACACUUUUCGGAAAAGUGGACAAGGUGCUAUGGCAAACUCUUUGAACGCCCUGGUGAAGUUCCAGACGAAAUCUUAUUCGAUUAAAUCCCGGUCGUAAUGGGAUGACCAGGCCUCAUCAUCGAUGUCAAGCGUGCAGGGCUACACUCCGCGUCCAAUGUCCAUUUCCCUCACAGGCGAUCGGAACAUCGGCCAUUGUUGACCUCUCGAUGUGUGACUACAUACCUUGUUUCACGCUGCUGAUUUCGUUGUAUUGCAUCUUUGUAUAACUACCCCCAUUCACUCACACCUUACCAGUCGUUGGGCAAUCCAUUUCUUCGUUGUCAAUCAAUCGUAUACUUUCA